GCUCAGACCGUUGAUGGCGUUCGCUGGAACCGCUUGGCACACGUCGCGUUACUUGGCCGCCAGCGCGAUUUAAACCGCCAGUUGACAAAGUGCGUUUUGUACCCCACUUGCGAGCCCCGUAACCCCCGAAAAAAUUUUUCAUUGCUAGUGUGGUUGCUUUGCAGCUUCAGCGACGAAUUUACCGAUAGAAAGGUAUUUCCCAAUAACACAUAUUUGCUUUUAUAAAACGCAUUAAAAAGACAAAAUACAAAUAUGGCAUUGUCGAAGAAACUAAGCAGCAAAAUCUAUCGGAGCAGCAGACAAAAAAAAAUGUUAACGUUUUGGGAAAAGACAUCAAAAAAAUCAGCAGAUAUACCAAACCAAAUCAGCGGAGCACUUGCAUCAAGUAACUUAGCUAUCUGCGCCUGUCUAAUAGUAAUCUUCAUUGCAUCUGUAACCACGGCCAAAACACCGGAUCAGGAAGCUAUCCAUCACAAAAAUGACGAAUUUCCGGAAGAGGAAAGCGACAUGGUGAUGGAGCCAAAUGAUUUUUCGCCAAUCACUGUACUAAAGUCACAUGAACAACACUUUCAUAUGCCGCCCACAACGCAUCUUCAGCCACAAGUUCAAGCUAGAAUUCAUCCUAGAGUUCAACCCAGAAAAUUUCAAUCCGCACUCCAACAAAAUGCUGAGGAGCCAUUCCGGCCCAUUGCUAAUCCAAAUACGAAGAUUGUUGGCGAUUCUCAUACGCAGGCUGCCCAAAAUUUCUACCCACCUUUCUACCAUGAGGCUCCUCCACUGGGCCAUUCCAGACCUUACUUUGGUCACGGCCCGCCUGUAUCGGAAACAACUCCUUUAUCCUUACCCCUUCCGCUCUUGACAACUCAACAGCAACAGCCAGCAACUCAGCAGCGGACUUUCGAUGCCAGUAUACUUGGAAGUGGGGAUUUUGGUGUCCUUAGAGGUGGAACCUUCUAUCCGGAGGAGGAAAUGCCCUAUCACCCCGAAGAUAACAGUGAUUACAUCUAUGGAGAUGCUAACAAUGGACACGGUCGACCAUCUGAGGGUUUUGUUCAAAAGUACACGUAUCCAGAGGAGCAGUUCGCUAAUUUUCGCGAUUUUGCCGAUAUCAACACGCCCGCCGAUACGGCGUUUUCGCAAUUUGUGGUGGUGUAUGCGGCCAAAAAUGCCUCUGUACCACACUCUCAUCCGCAUCCUAAAAACAUAUUUGAACAGUUAGAGCAGCUGGACAGGGAAAAAGAGCUGAAAAAUACCGAAUUUGAGAACAAAACUUCUUCGAAAAUAAAGUCGAAAUUGUCUAAUACAAAGUUGCAAAAAAAAUACCGAAAAAAAACGGCCCCCAAAGUCCAGGAUCCUCAAGAAAUAGAGCCUUUACUAGCUCUAAGUUAAGCGUCAAAAAGAAUAACCCUAUAAGCCAGAACCCAAACUUUCGAAUACCGUUGUUAGAUUUAUUUAUUAUAUUUCGAGAUAAACGCAAGCCACAACAAAAUAGCCACCCCAAUUUCCAUGUCAACAAAUGCAAGCACUUUAUCUAAUACAUAUACAUAUACUUUUUCAGUUUUUUUUUUGUCUGUCUGCUUUUAAUCUCGCAAUGUUUGUUAAAUUUUUAAAUUAGCCCGUAGUCUACUACAUAUAUAUUACAUUUUUAUAUAAAUAUAUAUAAAAUAUAUUUUAUGCGCAACUAUAAUGUAAUUCUUUUUGUCCAAUUAAGCAUAAAUUUAUUAUGUGUGUGUACAUAAAACCAGAUAUGAUAAUUGUAAUUUAAUACCUAAAUAAAAUUGAUUUAAAAAAUAGUACACAAAUAAUAAUUUAAUAAAUUACUUUAUUGAGUCAU